GACGAUGGCAAGAGCUGCUCUUUUGUUCAUUUCUCCCUCCUCUCCCUUAAACUGUUUACAAUGUCUCCACGUCAUUCCUCCCUUUAUUCUUUCAUUUGCAUGUUUCAGUCUCCCUAACACCUCCUUUGUUUGAUUGCUCUUUUCCUCAUUCCGCAUAUCAGUGUUAUUUAUUUUGUCUGCCCAUUUUGCAUCCGUAUGUCCCUUUUCUGCUUUUACCAUCAAACUACAUAACACUUGUUACUGGCUGGAUCUACAUCGUUACAUGAAACAUUACAUCAUAAGUAACGAUGCUUAUCCCACUACAUCUAGGGUAUUAAGUUGGGGUGUCCCAACCUGAUAUUGAAAUCAGCUUUCGGGCCGAUAUCACCCCACCCACCCCCCCAAAAAACAAGCAUCAGAUGAUACCGACUUGCAUCUAAAAGCUCUGACACAAGCAGACCUGCAGAGUGUUGUGCAAAACAGGACACCCAGUUAACAUGUAAUUGUCCUCCAAUAAGCACACAAUGUUGGUGUUUUCUUGUAUUUUGUUCGUCAUUUACAAAAGGUAGGCUGUAGGCUACUAAAAGAUAGCAGCUACACAGCAGCUAAGCACACAAGCUAUAAACCUGUAAUAAGUGUCUUUAUUUGAACAACAUUGCAGUCAAACACUCCACAUGUGUUAAUACAAACAAGUAUUAAAUAAAUAUAGUUCCAUAUUACACAUACAAAGUCUAAUCGAAGAAGCAUAUUAGAAAGUAUCCAGUAACAAGCGUGUCCGCAUCAUUCAAUUUACUGCAUCUUAAGUCAUGUGCUAAACAUUAUUAUAGUGACCACUAGGCGUCGCCAUAAACAAUUACCACUCCGUGAAAUUAAAUUAAAGAUAGCAUAAUCCCCGCCUUUCGCCCGUGUGUAGCUGAGAUAGGCUCCAGCACCCCCCGUGAACCUGUAAGGGACAAGCGGUAGGAAAUGGAUGGAUAUGUCCAUUCCAGUCGGUGAAUAAUAAAUAGGUGAGUGUUUUUCAUACCAACAAUUGUUCUUUGUUGGAGUAAUUUCAGUAGAUCAAACCUUUUGUAGCAUUCCACACUACAAUACAAUAAAAGUAUGAAUGAUUCCUGUUGUGCUGGAUUAAUAUCGGUAUAGGAAGUGAAAAGCUGGAUCAGGGCACACAUAAUGUUAAGCACCAUUUGCAUACUUUAUCCAUGUUUAUCUGACAGUUUAGUAAUGUAUAUUUAGCCACAUCUGUAUUUACUAUGGCUUUUCAAACAGCCACAUCUGUAUUUACCCAUGUGUGUUUUAUAUAUAUAUUUAUAUAUAUGUGUGCGUGUAUAUAUAUAUAUAUAUAUAUAUAUAUAUAUAUAUAUGUAUAUAUAUAUAUAUACAUAUAUAUAUGUAUAUAUAUGUAUAUAUAUAUAUAUAUAUAUAUAUUAUUUUUUUUUUUGCCGUUUGUUGGUAGCGUCACUAACCCAUAAAGAACACAUACAAGUUAAAUGCACAUAUCCAUAUGUAUGUUAUGUCCAAGAGUAUUUGGACAGUAACAAGAGUUUUUAGGAUUUUGCCCGUGUCCCGAAUGAGGAUAAGCAAAACAAUAUCUUAAAUAUCAAAUAGUAAAAAAGGCAAAUAACUCAUUAGUUAAGGUCCAAAUAUGUCUGGAACUAACUGUAAGAAAUAUAAUAAGUCCAGGAAUAUUCUGUAUGUUACACGCCACAUCCUGGAAAUCAUGUUUAAUCAUAUUGAGUUGACAUAUUUUAUUGGCAACUCAGGACACUAAGCAUUGAAAUGAUGUUUAGCUCUAUUGGCGGGGUAAUCCCAAUACAGUAUAUAUUAUAACAAAACAAUAUAGCAAUGCAAAGAAAUACUAUAUGGAGAAAAUGUUCAAAUGUAACAUUUUUAAAAGGGUGCCUAACCAUACUGCUUUUAAAGUCAGCACAGUAUAUGACUUAUUCUCUUUUAUGCCAACUAUAUUGGAUUAAAGGAGUGUAAAGGUGACUUUUUGAGUGUUAUUUCAUGUCUAGGAGAUUCUAAUGAUGAUAACAACUGUAUUUAGAAAGCUGUAAACUGUUUUCUAUGCUCUUGCUAUAAAAAUUUGUCAUGAAUAUAAUCCCACUUUGUGGAAAAACAUGUAUCACUGCCAGGCCCGGAACCAAUUAACAUAGACUAUAUUCUAGGUCAAUCUUUGCAACAUUAAACAUUAAGGGGGUUGGAAAAAAAUAAUUCAUAUCCAAAUGGCAAUUGUCAUUUAUUUUGAUUUUGAAUAGAUUCAUCCUUUUCCAGAAUUGAUUUUCAUUUUAAGAAUUUUUUUGCCCUAACACCAGCAACAAGACAAGCUUUCAAAUGUAUUUAAAAAAAUAUAUUUUAUUGUAAUAAAUCGAGAGGAUCGUUUUGAAUUGAGAAUCAUAUCUUAAUCAAAUUGUCUAAAUUGUAUUGAGUUUAUUUAAAAAACAUUCAGUAUACUGGAUAUUAUUAUUAUUUAUUUAUUUAAUUAGAAUUUAUUUAUUUUAGCACCACGUACAUGUAAGUAAUUGAUUGUUCAUCUGUGUUUUUUUUAGUCUUUUCUUUUGCAGUAUACUGUAUUUGAUUAAGCCCUGAUAAUAAUAUUUAUGAUUAACAAAUGGUUUCAUAUCAUUUGACAAUGUUGUAAACUGUAUGUUUUUAGGUUUUGAAGUUACUUGGUUUGUCCCAAAAAAAAAUAGAUUUUCGAACAAUCUCGAUUCUUAUUAAUAACUAUUCUUAAUCGAUUAAAAAAAGUUAAAAAAAUGUAUAUAUAUUUUUUUUAGUCAGUCCUGUCCAGCCAUUCAGGCAAAUCAUAUUGUUGAUGUAGAUGAUUAUAUCUGCUGUACACAUUUACUUUAGAAAAGAGAAGUGUUAGAUACUUCUCUAGUUGCCUUAUUUGUGUUUGACUUUAUUAAAUGUUUUGGGUAGAAUUUUAUAAAACACAAACCGUUUUCUUUUAAAUAAUAUAGAAAUUCAUCAGAGCUGCUUAUCUAUUUUAUGGAGGAGUGUAGUUAUUCAUAGAACUGGCACCCAAUGUUAUUAAAAAAAAGUAUUGAUUUUGAAUCUAGAAUUGUUUUGAAUCGAAUUGUAUGAUACCCAAAGAUUCAUAGCCCUGUUAGAUAUUUUCAUGAAUAUGAUUAAAAUCAAGAGUAAGAUUACCAAUACAGUGUUAGUUUUUGAGUGGGCUUGGGGCCCCUCCGCAGUGGAAAAGUUUGGUCCCGAGUUAAAAAAGGAUAAAAACCCCUCAACUAGACCACAAGGACAUGUUUUGAAUGUAGAAUAAAAACACCAUGGAGCCCCUUGAAUGCAAUAAUACAGUAUUCGUGUCGUAAAGACACAAGUCCCCACGCUAUUAUUCUAUUGUUUGUCCUCUUCUACUGAUGUGGUAUAACUGGAAUUGGAGCUUGAGUUGAGUAUAAUUGUGUUUGAGAAAUUGCUGAAAGAAUGUAGAUAAAUAUAUACUUUAUUAUUCUUCAAAAGAAAAUCACAUUUCCAGCAUCUUUACAAAGUAUCAAGUUUAAGUUAUUUGUUUAUUAUAUGAUAUUCUUAUCAGUUGAAUGAUGCAAUCAGUUAAAAAAAAAUUCAAAUCUUGGAAAAAUAUUUAAAAAUAUAUUUUAAAAAAGAUCAAAAGGCAAUUAAAUAUGUUGAGCGCCAAUGUCUUAAGAAAAAGGAAGUAAAUUGUCACAAUUGCCACUUGUCAAAUCACACUUUUUAAUGAAAACAAAUGAACGAGCUGACCUGAGUUCCACACGGCAGCACAGAAAGAAUCCAUUCUAGUCCACGUCUUAAUUUUUGAGCUCAUGUUUCAUUGCUGUCCUCGGUGCAGGAUGCCAUCAGAACUCUAAGGUUUCAUCUAAAAAACAGACUUCACUGUCUUUGCAUUGGGCGCUGGAACAAAAAAAGUAGUUGUCAGGCAAUAUACUGCGAUUUUUUUUUUUUUUUUUAAUGAAAGAGCCUCAAAUGUGGGCAGGUGGGAUUGACUAUGUGGCUCCUGUGGAUCCCUCCACAUUGAAGCAGGUUGUAAAGGAAGAGAUGGUUCUCCUCACAGCUAAAACCAUGCAAAGGACGGCGGUCUUCGUCACCUUCGGGGGUCUCGUGACCUCCUUGAUCACAACCUUCCUACCGUUGUGGAAGACGAUGAAUUCGGACCUGAACGAGGUGGAAAACUGGUACUCUGGACUGUGGCACAUGUGUCUCUACACUGAGGAGGUUGGGGUUCAGUGCAAGACUUAUGACUCCUUGCUGGGACUUCCAGUGGACCUGCAGAUCGCCAGGGUGCUGAUGUUAGUGUCAGUAUGCAUCGGGGCUUUGGCGCUGCUGGUCGCUCUGCCGGGACUGGAUGGGAUCCACGUGUGUUUGGAGCAGCCUGGAAAGAGGAGACGGCUCCUGGUCUUGGGCGGGGUGCUGGCUUGGGUGUCAGGGUUCAGCACGCUGGUUCCUGUGUCCAUCGUUGCUUACAACACCGUGGUGGAGUUCUGGGACAGAGGUUUUCCCGACGUGAUGCCGCGCUGGGAGCACGGAGAGGCCAUGUUUUCAGGAUGGUUUGGAGGCCUGGCGCUGAUCACAGGAGGAACGCUUUUCUUUGUAGCGGUGUGCAUGGCGGACUACGACACGCACACACAUUGUGUGACGAACAACAAGACUCAUGUAACACACGGGACACAACACUACCGCAAGACUGAGGUUUUGUAAUUGUUUCUUCUAUGGCAUUUUUUUCCACCUGUCACCAGUUUUAGUGUCAAAUCCAAAAUGUGACUUCUGAUUGACAUAUGUUUCCAUAAUUAUGUGAUAUGUAAUUGUGUUGCUUUUGGUCAUUUGCAAGCCAAUCACAUUAAAAUGUUUGAUUUCCUAACCACUUGACAUGAAAAUUAAUGAGGUAGUGCUUGACCUUUGUGCACCCCUAAGGCCCAAAACAGGCAUUACAUGUGUUCCUUAUGUUAAAGUAACCACUAGGUGUGGCGAAAUUAUUCCGUGCAUUUGACUUAUCUCCCUUGCUCACCCCCUGGGAGGUGAGGGGAGCAGUGAGCAGCAGCGGGGGCAACGCCCGGGAAUAAUUUUUGAGUGGAGUUUGAGUUUAUUUCGAACAUGCAAGCAUACAACAUAAUACAUCAAAAUUUCCAGUUUCUCUUUUCAACAUGUUCGAAAAGGAGUAGGAAGAAGCAGAGCUUAUUUAAUCCUACCCCUUUUCUUUUACAUAACAGUUGCUAAAACUUUUGUUCACUUCCUGUUCUCAAUGUCUUCACAAUAUACUCCAUAAGUAAUCACAAUAAAAAUAAAUAAAUAAUUGUUGAAGUAAGUUUUAUUCCAUACGAUGAGAUAAGAUUAUUUUGAGAAUGAAAGUAUGAAUGGGCGAAUAAAUUCAGAAUGUUUAUCAUGAUUCUUAUUUUUUGUACUUUGUAAACACUUUAAGUUUGAAGAGUUUCUUGAAGUGAAUCAUAUUAGUACAUUGUUUGAUUGCUUUGCUUAAUCCAUUCCAUAGUUUAAUUCCACAUACAGAUAUACUGAAGGUCUUAAGUGUUGUACGUGCGUACAGAUGUUUUAAGUUACAUUUUUCUCUAAGAUUAUAUUUAUCUUCUUUUGUUGAGAAGAAUUGUUGUAUAUUUUUGGGAAGCAGGUUAUAGUUUGCUUUGUGUAUAAUUUUAGCUGUUUGCAAAUUUACUAUGUCGUGGAAUUUCAGUAUAUUUGAUUCAAUAAAUAAAGGGUUUGUAUGUUCUCUA